AAGCUGUUGUACAUAUUCGUAGUUGGCUGUGCAUGGUAAAAAAAAAAUUUAUUAAUAUGAAGAAAUGCAAAAAUGUAUUGCUUUUUUGGUAUUCCUAUUCUGAGAUGAACAAGUAGCAUGUAAUGCAACUGUUUGACAGGUUAAAUCAAAUCAUGCUUAAAAUUGUUUCAACCGAUGAAAUCACGUAACAUUUCAUUUUUUUUCCUGUUUAUUAUUGUACAGGUGUUUUUUUUUGUUUGUUUGUUUUGUUUUUUUAAAGUUGAAACACAAAGGUCACGGUUUUUAAUUCUCUCUUACGUGAACUUUUUAAUGUUCUUAUUUAGAUUUUUUUAGUAUUUUAACAUUUUAUUUUAAUCCUGAAGACACUUUUUGAUUGUGUUUCAUAAGAGACAUCUUGGCCUCCUAAGGUGCAAUCCUGCCUCUGUCCAAAUCCUAAACGACUGUCCUGAUUCCAAAGGCUUUACAAACGUGCUUUAGCCUUUUCCUGAAUGUGGAGCGGCAUUACAAGACUGAGCUGUCGGCUGGCGCCACAUGCUAACGGUGUUCAGCCUGGACUAGAAAUGCUUCCCACACAAGGACUGGUAAAGCAAAUAAACAAAAAAACUUAAGGAUGGUCCAACAAUAUAACUGUACAUAAAUGUUGCAACUGCACAGCAGCCAAAAAGAAAAAAAAAAACUUUUUAUGGAUCGAUAGCGUGAAGCAAAAGAGGACACCUUCUAAAGGUUGAAAUUAGGAUUGUUUCUUCUGGAUAUCAAAGGGAUCAUCACACGGCGCAAUCAUAUUCUUCACAAUAUGUACUCUACAACGCCUGGGUAACACAGGAAAUGCACCCUGAGGUUUUAAUAAAAAAGAAGCCCCUAUGGCUAAAACUUUAAAUAAACUAAACCAAAAAUGUUAUUGAUGUUUUAUAUAUAGAGAGUAGUCUCAUUAGUUUUUGUUACUGUAAUGUUUGAGGUCUCAGCUGUACCGUAUUACGGUAAAAUAACAUGGUUUUGGAACUUUUUUUAUUUUGUCACAGACCUGUUGUCAUAGUUGAAAUGACGUUUAUUGUAGAUGGUAUUUGAACAACUUCUUCUGGAAAUAGUUCAUCAAGUAUGUUUGUUGCUCAUUGUUGUGAUACAUUAAAAACUGUAUCUGCAAACCAGUUCUGGGUGUCCUUUUAAAAAAAAAACAACUUCUUCUUAAAAACUCUCUUUAAUAUGAUGUUCCGUACAAAGAGGUGCUAACGUACAUUUUAGCUGUAGCAUUUAUGAUUUUUUUUUUACCCCUUGCUACAGUAAUAUGUGAGAAUAAAAUUCUACUAGAAUUUUAGCCAAAUCAUUGAAAGGGAAAAGACAGGAGAUGUGAAAGACUUUCACUUCUGUCGUGAGCCAAUAAAAAUCAAGUGGGUGGGACUGUGGUUGCUGUGUUUGGUUAAAAAACAAACAAAAAAAAAGCCAACAACCAAACCAGACUUUUUCCUCGCUGCUUUCUUACUGUCGCUUGGCACAUAGCUUAAAAA